CGAAGAUUCUCUCAGACACUUUUUAGUUGACUGUCCUCUUAAAAAUGAAAUAUGGUAACGGGUCUUGAACUCUUAUUACCUUCAUUUGUUCUUCCCUACCGAUCUUCUGCUCUGCGACAUUUAAAUUGCCCUUCUUCUAUAUGCAGUUGUCCCCGUUUUCUCAUCAUUUUAUCCUUGACCUUUUGGAAAAUCUGGGAUUCAUAUUGGCAGCUUAGUGUUUCUUCGAGCCCGUCUGCCUUAUCUAAUGUAGAGAAGUUAGUUAUAUCUAUCAUAGCCAAUGUUAAGACAAUUAUUUGCCCGUUCCCUCUAUUGGAAUUUACAACCGACUAGUUCGAUAUUCAGCCCUUUCUUUCGUUUCUACUACUUCUAUUAUAUUUCAUUUUAAUUUUAU